AUGGCAUCACGUGCAGCAUACUUCUCCCCAUCGGAGCAGGACAUAAUUAUGGAGGCCUACGAAGAGCUGUUAAAAAAAACAACCCACAAGCAAGGCACGGGUGGUGGGUCACCACCAGCUGACCUCACCCCUGCAGAGGACAGAGCCCUGGAACUUAACAGAGGCAGGCCUGUGUUAGAGGGGAUCCCUGGGGGGACAGACUUAAAUAUAAAUCCCUCCCAGGAAGAUGCCUCCCUCUUCAUUAAAGUAUCUGGAAACACCAUCUCACUGUUGGAGCCUCCAACAGUGGCGUCACCAAUACCAGAGGAUGAUGAUCCAGGUGAAGGCACCAGUGGAGCAGCAGGAGCAGCAGAUGAAGUCGAUGAGGAGACUGUGUCUCUUGAUUCAAGAAGGUUUGAGGACCCAGAUGCUCUACAGGAUGAAAGCCAGCCUUGCAACAUAGUGAGUAUUUAUGGAAGUACAUUCCCAUCAUGCAAAAUUCCUGCUGUGCUGAUUAUUAUGUGUUUACAGAACUCACAAGCUAUCAGACAGCUGUAUGCCACACAUCUGAAACGGCAAAUACAACUGGCCGAUCUGGACAUUGAAUACAAAAGAAGACAGAUGGCAGACCUCUCCGUGGAGUCCGAAAUUAAAAGGAGGAAACUGAGGAAACUGAACCUUGAAAUAAAAAAACUUGAGCGGGAGGUGAGUUUCACCUUCAGUGUACACUGUAUGCUGACUGUAACACAGACAAUCUAUUAAUUAUUAUUCUCCUUUCCUCACCCAGCUUCAAGAAGAAGAAUCUUAAAUAAAAGAUCAAAAGACCUUCUGUGGUGUUUGCUUGUUUAAUUUGUGCACAGUUAGGUGGGAUUGCAGAUUGUAUUCCACAGUCUGACAUAAUGCCUAGUGUCAUCUCUAUGGUAGCCCCAAGUGCUUUGAUUGGUUAGAAGUCACACACCAAAGACUGGCUGUAUUAAGACAAAAAGAAAUGCACAUAAUGUACCUGAAAUGCUAUUUCCCAGAUAUCAAAACACUUUAUGGCAGAAGUUGAGCAGUGUGAAGGUCAAACAGGGAGCAUUUUAAUCAAUUAUCUAUUCUUUAAGGCAAUAGGUAUCCUGAUAAUUAGAUAACCAUUUGUAGCUUGUGAGAGUGCAAAGGUGUUCCUCAUUAAAUCUAGCGAUCCAAUAGCCUAUAUGAAGGCCCAAAAUGGUG